CUGCGCCCGCGCGUCCCUAUAAAACCUCCCUGCUCCAUCCACCUCGCCGGCGAGGCGAGGCAAAUUCACCGGCGAAACACCAACACGCCACCUCCAUUGAUCAGUAGACGUCCUACGGAAACACGCUGCGUCCCCCGCCGCUCAGACAGAGGGAGAGAUCGAUCAUGGUCAUGGAGACAAGAUCUCCUCCCCCUGUUUCCUCCCCUCCUUCCUCCUCCUCCUCCUCCAUCUCCACCGAGGAAAUUCCUCAACGCAAGAGGGCGAGGGCCAGGACCCAGGCCAAGGGCGCCGACAAGCCCAAGAGGCCCCGCAAAGAGGCGCCCCGCCAGACCCAGAGCAAGGACGACCCCGCCGACCCUGCUGCUCCCAAUGCCGCCGCCAAGAGGAGCUCCGUCUACAGGGGAGUCACCAGGCACAGGUGGACAGGCAGGUUCGAGGCCCAUCUCUGGGACAAGCACUGCCUCACCUCCCUCCAGAACAAGAAGAAAGGCAGGCAAGUCUAUUUGGGGGCCUAUGAUACUGAGGAGGCAGCUGCUCGUGCAUAUGACCUUGCAGCUCUCAAAUACUGGGGUCCUGAAACAGUCCUGAAUUUCCCAGCGGAGGAUUACUCGGGCGAGAUGUCUGAGAUGGAGGGGGUGUCGCGGGAGGAGUACCUGGCCUCCCUCCGCCGCCGGAGCAGCGGCUUCUCCAGAGGGGUCUCCAAGUACAGAGGCGUCGCCAGGCAUCACCACAACGGGAGGUGGGAGGCGCGGAUUGGGCGAGUCUUUGGGAACAAGUACCUCUACUUAGGAACAUUCGACACUCAAGAGGAGGCAGCCAAGGCCUAUGAUCUUGCAGCCAUUGAAUACCGAGGUGCCAAUGCUGUAACCAACUUCGACAUUAGCUGCUACCUGGACCACCCGCUGUUACUGGCACAGCUCCAACAGGAGCCGCAGGUGGUGCCAGCACUCAACCAAGAACCUCAACCUGAUCAGAGCGAAACUACAGUCCAAGAGUCUGACUCAAGCGAAGUGAAGACACCUGAUGAUAAUGCAGAGCCUGAUGAUAAUGCUGAGCCUGAUGCUAAUGCACAGGCUGAUGGCAGUGCAGAGCCCCUCGCACUCAAUGACAGCAUCGAUGAGAGCUUAUGGAGCCCUUGCAUGGAUUACGAGCUGGAAAUCAUGUCAAUAUCUAACUUUGGCAGUGCAGAGCCCCUUGCAGUCGAUGACAGCAUCAAUGAGAGCUUAUGGAGCCCUUGCAUGGAUUACGAGCUGGAUAUCAUGUCAAUAUCUAACUUUGGCAGCUCAAUCAACCUGAGCGAGUGGUUCUUUGAUGCAGACUUUGGUAGCGACAUUGGGUGUCUGUUCGAUGGGUGUUCUGCAGUUGAUGAAGGCAGCAAAGAUGGUGUAGGUCUGGCAGAUUUCAGCUUGUUUGAAGAAGGUGAUGGUAAGCAAAAGGAUGUUAUUUCAGAUAUGGAAGAGGGAAUACAUCCUUCAACAAUGAUCAGUGUGUGCAAUUGAUCCUGAAGCCUAUGCAUGCUGUCUGGGAUCCGAGAUAUCCAAGGAGGUUUUCACUUUUCAGGUGUCCUUUCUUGGGUAUACUUGAUUGUCCAAUGCCAUAAUGCCACUACUGCAAAGAAGCUGAACUUCUUGUAGAAAGCCCCAUGGCAUUUAGGUUGGCAUUAGACAAAUGUGUUGGUGUUCUUUGAUUCUUUGAAUUUGCUCCAAGCUGCUUGACUAACCUUGAGAGAUCGUCUCACAUAGCCUAGAUUCAACUAAUCACAUCCUGGUGAAUCUGAAAUGUGGUUUAAAUGGUUGUGUAGCAUCGCAGUUUUGCACGGCAGUGCUGCCAAUGCAGCAUAUAUUUGUGCGUUUCAACAGUUACAAGGCCGGAACCCUAAUAGCUCCAGCUUAAGGAACAGUGUCAUUUUUUUAUUCAAAA